AUGGACCAGUCAGACCAUUCAUUCGAAGAAUUCAGAGAGCAGAGAAGCAGAGGGUGCUUCUUUAUAAUACUGGCUCUGAUGCUGUCCCUGACUCUGACCACCAUUCAAACCCUGACUCUGACCAUCACUCUGACCCCAACAAUUACCCUCCUGGAGAUUCCAGUGAUGUCCUACAUGGUGACUCAUGUGAUGACCCUCCUGGAAAUUCCAAUGAUGUCCUACAUGGUGACUCAUGUGAUGUUCCUUAUGGUGAUCCCAAUGAUGUCCUACAUGGCGACUCAUGUGAUGUUCCUUAUGGUGAUCCCAAUGAUGUCCUACAUGGUGACUCAUGUGAUGUUCCUUAUGGUGAUCCCAAUGAUGUCCUACAUGGUGACUCAUGUGAUGUUCCUUAUGGUGAUCCCAAUGAUGUCCUACAUGGUGACUCAUGUGAUGUUCCUUAUGGUGAUCGCAAUGAUGUCCUACAUGGUGACCUCCACACUGUUGAUGGAGCCGGAGUUCUGCUACGGGAAUGACUCGUGUGUGAGGACGGUCUACCCUGUCACUGUCCGCACAGCCCUCUAUGUGGUUCUGGGGUCUGCGGUGGUCCUCACGAUGCUGGGUAACCUCUUCGUGAUCGUGGCCAUCGCUCACUUCAAACAACUCCACACACCUCCAAACUACCUGACCCUCUCCCUGGCCGUAACCGACCUCCUCCUGGGGGUUCUGGUCAUGUUCCCUGGCAUGAUUGAGUCCGUUGAGAACUGCUGGUACUUUGGGGAGAUGUACUGCAAGCUCUACAACAGUUCAGCAGUCUUGCUGUGCACCGCAUCCAUCUUGAACCUGUCCUUUAUAUCCAUCGACCGCUAUUAUGCCGUGUGCCACCCUAUGCUCUACCCCCGUAAGAUAACGGUUCACACCGCAGUCGUCAUGAUCCUGGUCACAUGGUGUGUCUCGGCUGUGGUCGGGUUCGGGAUGUUCUUCAAGAAGCUGAAUAUAUCAGGAAUUGAGAUGCACGACAACAAUGUAGUGUGUGAAGGAAGAUGCUUUUUGUUUCAGACUUUGAUGACGAGCACCGUGUCAUCCACGUUCUCCUUCUAUCUUCCCGGGGUCAUCAUGCUGGGCAUCUACCUGAAGAUCUUCAUGGUGGCCCAGAGACAAGUGCGCACCAUAGGCCUACAGAACACAAGCGCCUUCAAGGUGGAUAAGCACCAGAGGAAAGCCACAAAAACACUGGCCUUCAUUAUGGGCGUGUUUCUGUCCUUCUGGAUGCCAUUUUUCAUCUGUAACAUCAUCGACCCCCUCAUCGGCUACUCCAUUCCACCUGCCAUGUUUGACUCACUAAAGUGGCUGGGGUUUCUGAAUUCCACCAUCAACCCGUUUGUGUAUGCCUUCUUUUACAGCUGGUUCAGGAAGGCGUUUCAAAUAAUCAUUUCCGGUAGGAUCUUUCGGUCUGACAUGUCGGACACAAAACUGUUUGCAGAGUGA